AUGGUGGCGGUCGAUAAUCCUCGCCCUCCCUGUGCCAAGCGUGCUGUCAAGCACAAGAAAUUCUUCUUAGAGGACUUCGAGCCGUGUCUCUUCCGCUGUCGUCCUGAUGUACGCAAAGGCUUUGAAGAAACCACGGUCGACCUCAACGUGAAACACCGGGCCAUCCAGGAAUUCUGCUCCCGACACGGCGUCUCCCCUUGCAAUCUUAUCCAAACAGCAUGGGCCAUCGUGAUCAUCUGGGGUGGAGGAUGCAGCAUGAAGGCAGGUGGCGCCUUCGUCGCUAUUGACUUUUCGUAUCCAACCAGCCGAAUCCUGGAGAUUCUCCAAACCACUCAUGCAUCAAUAGUCGUGGCUGAGCCUACGCAUUGCCAUUUGUUCGAGGGAAUCGUGAAGCACAUCGUUACUCUUGAUUCUCACUUAGUAGCAAAACUUCCGCAGCACCCAUGGCGUACCCAUCGCCGUCGUCCCGUGCAAUACGGCGUAUAUUAUCUUUACGUCUGGUAG